CGUUCAACCGGGCCAGACUUUGCCGCUGUAGAUAACAAAAGUUUUUUGUGUUUGCAAAGAAAAUAGUGACGGAUUUUAUAAUAAUUUAUUAAAUAAUUUCGGUUAUUUGUGUCUAGGAAUAGAAGGUAUACGAAAUGGAUCUCUCAGGUCCGCUUUUAAUUUCAAACAUCUUGUCUGACGAGGAAUUGGAGCAAACGCCGAUUGUGGUGCAGGAUAAAUUAAAGACUUGGCUUGAUGGAUUUGUCGAUGAAUUUUGUAAAAAUAAAGCAGCCGCAAAUCGUCUCCAGGAUUAUGAAGAAAAAUCUGAGGAGCUGCAAGCUCAAAUUGAGGAUUAUGAAAUGAAGUUGGAGUGUCAAAAUAAAAAUGUUGCUGAACUCCGUACUCAACUGGAUAGUGUUUCAAGCGAUCGUGUUCAACUACUUGAAAAGUUCGGUAAUUAUGAUAAAGAAAUGGUUGCUCUACGUGCUGAUAAAAAUUCAAUAGCUGAAGAACGAGAUUCUUUAUUGAAGUUAAUCGAACGCCAAAAAAGCGAACUAGAUAGGCUGCAGGAAGAAAUUCAUUCCUACCAACAGCAACUAAAAAAUGCAAUCUCUUCAAAAUGUGAAGCAAUUGCUAGAGUAGACGAAAUUGAAAGCCAGAAGGUGGCACUAGAUUUUAAAGAACGAAGAAUGGAACAGGAACGUGCCAUGCUUCAUAAUCAAAUUCGAACUCUCACAGACGAUUUAAAUCGCAAUAUAUCCGAGCUUCAGAGUAUAAGGCGUGACAAUACAGUACAAGGUAUGCAUCUUGAGGCCAAACUUGCCGACAAAACUGAGGAACUGAAAAUAGCACAGAGUCAGUGUGCGCAAUAUAAAGAAACAAUUGAUAGGCUUACUCAAAAUGUGCAAGAUUUAUCAACUAAAAUAUUAACACAAAAUGAAGAGGCGAACAAAAUGAUGGACUUCUACAAAAAAGAGCUUGAGGCAAAAACGAAAUUGGCUGAAUUAUAUAAAAGCAAUUGCGAAGACACCGACAUUGAGCGUAAUGAAUUAAGUGCUGCUAUAACUGAUCUUAAACGUAUGCUGGCUGAAGCAAGCGAACAAUAUGGAGAAAUAGAGACCAAACUCAAAGCUACUGUUAUGCAACAUGAGCAAGAUUUAGAUGAGCGUGAUAAAAUCAUUGAGUCUCAAAAAUCUGAGCUCCAACACGCAAACGAUUUGUUGAAAGAGUUGCAAAACGAAACUACAGAGAGCGCUAUAUCGAAAAUCGCUCCAUCGGCGGCAAUUGCUAGUAAGUUAAUCCGAACUGAUAUGUCAUUGACGGAAUUAUAUUCACUAUACGUGAAGAGUUCGGAAGAACUCGAGCUUCAAAAAAGAGAAAAUGCACGAUUAAAUCUGCAACUAAAAACAAUUUUGCAGGAAUUAAGUGAAAAUGCACCGGUAAUUCAAAAACAAGAACUAGAGUACGAAAAAUUGAUUCAAACCAAUAACAUCUUAGCGCACCAGCGUGAUGAAUUACUAAGUAAGAAAACAGAUAUGGAGGACCUUAUGGACAACGCACAUUCCAAAAUCAAUCACUUGGAAAGGGAAAAUAAAAAACUAAAGAACUCUCAAAAUGAUCUUAGUCGUCAAGUUUGUUAUUUACUUAAAGAAGUUGAACAGCUACGCAUAGGGCUCAUUUCCGACAGCGGUCCCAAUCAAAGUGGAAAUCUUUCAACUACUGAUGAUGUAAUAUCCAAGAAAUUGGUGACAUUUAACAGUAUUGUCGAAUUGCAAGAGAACAAUCAAAAGCUAUUACUGCUGGUUCGCGAUCUAAGUACCAAGUUGGAGGAUGCUGAAACAUUGAAACAACAAAUGGAUGCUGCAGCAUAUCAAGAGAAAAUUGAAAACUAUGCCAAAAAAUUCCAAUCGAUGCAAGAAACAUUAAAUCAACAGAAUAAUACAGUAGCUACAUUGGUUUCAAAAUGUGAGCGUUACAAGAAAAUGUACUUCGAUAUUCAAAGAAAUGUGCAGAAGUCCGGCCCACAAUUAGAACAGAUCAAUGUUGACGACGCGGAAAUGGUCGAUUUAGAUGAAACUGAAAAUAAAAACACAACCAAUUCUUCAAUACAAAGUAAGGGUAGAAAGUCUGUAGACUCAAAUGCAGAUCGUCGUAUAAGGGACUUGGAACAGCAAUUACAGGAAGUUAAGGAGCAGCAUAAAACUCUUAAGGAACAGUACGAAUAUUAUACAAAAGAGAAAAAAAAUAAUGAACGUAUUAUGAAUGAACAAUUUGAUUCUAUGCGCACAGAAGUUAGAGAAUUAACUUCAACGAAUUGCAAGCUUAUGUCUUCCUUAGAAUACAGCAAAGAGCAAAUAAAACUACAACAAAAGAACAUUGGCACCUAUAAGCAGCAGAUUACAGCUCUGGAAGACCGUAGUAAAAACUAUGAGAAUACCAUCAUAAAACAUGAACAGACAGUACAUUUCCUAAAAGACGAAGUUAUGAAGUCUCAGCAUGGACUAUCUUCUGCGCAGAGCGAGGCAUCACACUUACGAAGUGAAAAUCGCAUACUUAAAGAUACUGUAAACCGUCUUCAAGCCGAAAAAGAAGGUUAUCAUCGCGAACAACAAAAUCAAAAUUUACUUUUGAAUAACUUGGAGUUGAUCAAAUCGAAUUUGGAACGUUCCGAAAUGGAAGGACGAGCACGGUUGGAACAAAGAUUGGACGAAACCGUGCGCGAAUUGUCCGCCCAACGUCGUCGAUUCCAGGAGGAGGAAGAUCGCUUCCGCGAAACGACAAGUGAUCUUAAGCGACAAGCUGAAUCGGCAAAGAAGCAUAUGGAAGAAGAGAGAUCACAAUCUGAAAAACUAAGAAAUGAGCUACAUUUAGUGCGCGAAGAACUCACAGCAAAAACAAAUCAAAUCGAUGAGCUUAGCAAGAAAUUACAAGAAAGCCUAACUCCCUCCAAAAAUGACAAUCCCAUAGCUUUGGCUAACAAAAAAGCGCGUGAAUUUGAAGUCAAACUCGAAGAAGCUAAAAUUGAAAUAAAUUCUUUGUCCAGUGAAUUGUCGAAGGCCAGAGAACACGCAGACCAAUAUUUCAAAAUGUCUCAAAGUGCAGAGGUGGAAAUUAAAAAUUUGCACGAAGUUCAUACUGAAUACAGCACUAAAGCUGAAGCUCAACUAAAUGAGUUGAAAUUAUCCGAAUUGAAUCUAAAAUCGCGGGUUAGCGAACUGGAAGCUGAGGUGCAAUUAGCCUCUGUUACAGAAGUACCAAACUCAAAUCAAUCCGACCAACUCAAAAAAUCUAAAGAAGAGCUGAAAGAUGCUCUGCAGAAAUUAAGUGAAUGCAAUCGAAAUCUUCGCACGUUGCGAACAGAAAAUACAUCUUUGUCGGAAGCGCUAAACUCUGUGCAAGGAAAAUAUGCCAAUGAAAUGGUGUUGCAUUCGGCCGACAUACAAGAACUAACAAAAGUUAAGGCCGAAAUGACCAAGGUACAAGAUCAAAUAAAUGAAUUGAUAACAGAACGAGACUGUGUCAAAAAUAUGUACGAGGAACUUAAAGGAUCGCAUGAUGAGUCAUUACGUUUGCUGCAAAACGAAAGAGAUGAAAUGGAAAAGCGAUUAGUGGAUCUAAACGGACUUAAUUCCAGCUUGCAUGAUCAAAUUGAAGCAUUGACAAUGAAACUAAACAUACUCAGUCAAUCACAAUCCUCAAACGUGACAGCCAAUUCCCUGAAUGAAUCUAAUAUGGAUACUUCUUGCUCGGAUUUGAAUCGCUCAAAAUUAGAAGAUGAUUCCAAGAAUAACGACCAGUUAUUGCAAAUCAUAAAAUACUUACGCAAGGAAAAGGACCUUAUCGACGCAAAAUUGGACAUAUUGAAAGCCGAAAAUGCACGAUUGCAAUCGGAGAAUAUGAUUUUACAGAAAAAGAUGGAUGAAUUGAAGGGAAGCUUCAACCAAGAGCGAGCUAAAUCUGAGACCUUAGUCGUUUCAGCUACAAAACACGAGGAAAUCCUACGUAAGAUUGAAAACCUUAAUGCCAUUACGGACAGCAAUAGAAUAUUACGUGAAGAACGUAAUUCUCUGGCUGCACGCGUAAAAGAGCUUAACGAUCAUAUUAGUUCUAUUGAAAAUGAUUUAUUUCCAUUGCAAAAUCAAAAUCGUGAACUUUCCACAAAAAUUGAAGAACUCACUUCAGAAAAUUCUUCGCUACGCACUGAAGCUAUUAAAUGGCGGCAACGUGCCAACGUUUUGGUUGAAAAGAGUAAUAAAAAUCCCGAAGAAUUCAAACGUCUACAAACUGAACGUGAAAAUCUGGCAAAGAUGUUAACCCACGAAAAAGAUUUGCUGAAACAGACUACUGAUGAGCUAAACACCAUUAAGGCCGAGAAACAGCAACGCGACACCGAGAUGGCUUCACUUGAAAAACAGAUCCAAACUCUAAAUGAAGAAAAGAAGAAAGUGACCGACGACUACACAGGUGUACGUCAAAACAACAUGCGCAUGCUGCAAGAGAUUAUGGAGUUGCGCAAUAAAUUGUUGCAGAAAGAAGAAUCAGUGCAAAAGCUUACUGAAGAAAUGGAAUCUAAAGAAGCUCAAUUGCAAGAUUCUAAAAAUAAAGAAUUCCAGAUUCGCAAAAUAGCAAAACGUUAUAAGGACUCUUACUUGGAGUUGUCAAAUAAAACAGCGGCCGCCUCCACCGAUGGCUCAGUAACGACACAAGAUAACAUGGAUCUGGGCGGCAACAGUGGAGCAGAUGGUGCUACCGCUACUGCUGCCACCGCAACGGCCGUAAGUAAUGAAUUGGAACAACAUCGUAACACAAUUGAGAACCUUAAUGGUGUCAUACGUACAAUGCAAGAAGAAAGCGACAAGCUACGCAAGGACUAUGAUGAUUUGAAGACAUCUGUUGAAAUCGAUGAUCGUACCAAAACUCUUUUGCGAGAGGCCAAGGUACGCAUUGUUAGUUUAACUGAAUCGAAGAACGCUAUCAGUCAAGAAUUAAAUAGCACGAAGAGCAGGUUGCAAAAUGUCUUGCAAAGUUCUGAAAACGCAGAUUCCACCAUUAAUAAUAUAAAAACACAAUAUGAGGAGACCUUAGCGAGACUUGAGAAAGAAUUACUUGAACAAAAUAACCAGAACAAGGAGGCAAUCGCUCGUCUGACCAGAGAAAACGAAUCUUUGCUGAUGCGCAUUAACCAAUUAAACCGCCAACUUGGAUUACAACAAUCAGCUAAGCCAUCUACCAGUUCAGUGGCUAUAACGGAUAAGGGUUCUAUUUCUGAGUCUUCACUACGCACAGCGAACGUUAAGCCUAUGUCGGGGUCCACAACCGUACAACAAUCGGCAACAGUAACACCAUGGCGCGGUAGCGAAACACCUUUGGCCAGCAUUCGACCAAUAUCAGUGCAGAACAGUCGCACAGCAGCCAUACUACCUACCAGCCAACAGCCAGCAGCCGGUGGAUCAUCGACAUCAACGUCAACUUCAUCGUCAAGUACAACGAAUGCUUCGACUGGCAACAGCAACACGGCAUUAGUUCCGCCACAACAGCAGGUGCAUACCACUGGCAGCAGUUCAAUUGAGUCGAUGUCAUCUUCGCCAACUUCGUCGCAUACUGAUUAUAUGCCAUCUACGAGCAGCUCGGCUUCCGUUGCGGUUGCUGCCAUUCCACCAAUGGGUUCUACAUCUGCAGCAGAAAGCUCCCAAGAAGCUGAAAGCAUUCAACAACCUCAACAAAACGAAUCGCCAGUGCUUGUAGGAGGAGGCCAGCAACAGGUUGUAGCGCUAGUUUCGCCACGUGUGGAAGGAUCCUUACAAAACGUACCAUCCCCGAACCUACAGCUUCAGCAAGAUCCUGGAAAUCAACAACCGAGCACAUCAGGAACAACCAGUUCGAGUUCACACAUUGCCGUUAGUAGUCACAGCCGUCAUGCACCUUCUAGCAGUAGUGUUACCACUUCACAGGCCGGUACAUCAGGCGGUCAUAAGAGGUCUCGCGAGCCAGAAGGUGACUCAUCUACCAACGUUGAAGAUGGUAGUGCUGAUAAGACGGCAAAACAUCCAAAACGUUUACGUGGAUCAGAACCAGCUAUUUUGAGUGUGACAGAGUCUGGACUCGAUGUUGAAUAUCAAGUUCCGACUUCUUCACAACGUGAUCAAGAGGAUGAUAUUGUAGUUGUGGACUCAGAGGAAGAAGAUGACGGCAUGAUUGAUGCUGAUGAUGGCCCAACUGACGGAGAUGCCGAAAACGAAGGUUACGAAGACUCGUACGAGCAGGACCAAGAUAUGGAUGAGAAUGAAAUUCCAGAAGUCAAUGAAAGUAAUAUACACGCUGAUGCCGAAGUAGAUAACAAUGAAGUAGAUGUUGACGAGGGUAGUGAGAACCAGGCACAGUGCAGUUCAGGCACUGACAACCAGCCAGACGCUCAUUACAACACUGGAGCUAGUACAAGUCAAGCAGCAGCAUCUGCAAUAGCACAUAGUCAUGAGAUGGAUAGCCAUCAGCAGAGCCAAACUAUCAGCAGCGGUAGCUAUGAAUCCAACACCAAUACCACUCUACCGACUGGACCACAAUGGAAGCAAACUCGUCCACAGAAGGCGGCAAUAAUGCUGCCACAACAGGGAGUCAGCGGAAACAUAAAUGAAACCACUGAACAAGAUCCAAGUGGAAGUCGACCUUCUGACAGCGGUGCUGAAAUUGUAAGCUCGCCGCAAGGUUCAAAAUUUGGCGGUGGUGAAGCCGUAGUCCAUUCCGAUCAACAUGAGAGCAGUGUUGCUACAAACGAGGCGACCGAGGAAAAUGUAGCAGAGAGUGAAAAACUGGUUGGAGAGCACAACGACGAGAAUGCACCUGACGCUUCAAAGAGUGGCGGGUCAGCUGACGCCGCGCUAGCCACAGAAGAAGAUAUGGAAAACGUAGAAGAAGAAUUUGCGGAAGAACCUGCUGCUGGAGAAGUUCCUGAAAAUGCUGAUAGCGAAAGCCAUCAUAGCAGCAGUGCAACGCAGUCAGAAAUACAAGAUAUCCAGCAAAAUCAGGUAGAGGCAACAUCUGAGGAUAAUGAAGGCGCAGAUGGUGUUUCCUCAGAGGGUGAAAAACAAGCAGUGGAGGAAGUAGAAGAAGAAGGACGUGAAGCCGAAGCAUCCACUUCACCUUCAAUAACAACACGUUCAAAAGCCAUCAAAGGCACGACCAAUGUAAGAAGGCCUUCUCGUGGAUUUCAGCGAGGAGGUAGACCGACGCCUAUAAUUUGGCAAGAUAGCGCUGGGCAUUCGCGAAAUGUUUCUCCAAAUCACCGUGGACAGGAGCAACCUGGUAGUCCACUGCGUGGCUUUCCCAACCAGCGUUCACAAAGAGCACGACGUAUGCGACGCCCAACCGGAGGAAAUUACGGAAACAUGCGAUAUUCAUAAAUUUUAGCCAUUACUUGUAGUAUUUAAAAAAAAUAUAUACAGCACCCAUUAUAUUCCUCAAUAUAAAGCGCUCAAUAUAAAAACGUAUUUCAUUUC